AUGCCUCUUUCUCUCUCCUUUGCCUCCCCCCUGUACGACCGGAUAGUCCCCCUCGCGACGGGGGAAGUGCAGCCGACCGGCGUCUCGCUCAACUAUGUGGAGGUGCAGCACCCACGCGACGUGUUCGACCGGAUGAAGCAGAACGGCGAGUUCGACUCGUCGGAGAUGUCGUCGUCCGAGUACAUCCGACAGGUGGCGGCGGGGGACAAGAGCUUUGUAGCGAUCCCGGUGUUCCCACUGCGGGUAUUCCGGCAUGGGUUCAUCGCGGUCAACACGCAGCGGAUCAAGCAAGCGGCAGAUCUGGCGGGCAAACGGAUCGGCGUGCAGGUUUACGGGAUGACUGCUGCGGUCUGGAUCCGUGGGCUACUCCAGGAUGAAUAUGGGGUUGAUCUAUCGACGAUUACGUGGGUGGAGGGACGAUUUGACCGGGCAGGAAGUCACGGAGAUAGCAAGGCAUCGUUGUCAAGUGGAGGGAAAGAGAAGGAGAAGGAGAAGGAGAAGAUUCAAGCAACGAUUGUGGCUAAUACGAGCACGAAAUCGUUGAACCAGCUACUUAUCGAUGGAGAGAUCGAUGCAACUAUCGGGGCAGAGCUGCCUGACGCACUGUACGACGAGAGUCCUGCGUGCGCACACAUCCAGCGAUUAUUCCCCGACCACAAGACAGCCGAGCAGGCGUAUUACCGCGCGACGGGGAUCUUCCCGAUCAUGCAUCUUGUGGUGAUGCGGCGGGCCGUGUACGAGGCUCACCCCUGGGCGGCGACGAGUCUGUACCAGGCGUUGGCACGGUCGAAGCAUUUGGCGCAGCGUCGGCUGGAGAUGCCGGGCAUGUUGCGUGUGAUGAUCCCCUGGGUGCAUGAUGCGCUGGAGGAGACCCGCGCCGUGAUGGGAGACGAUUACUGGCCGUACGGGGUUGAGGCGAACCGGACCACCCUGGAGGCUUUGACGCGGUACCUGUGGGAACAGGGGUUGACGGAGCGGUUGGUGGGAGUUGACGAGCUGUUUGCUCCUAUUCAAGAGAAGCCUUUUUGGGAGUCGAUUUAG